AUGAAUUGGGUAGUGUUCUCGCUUUUGAUCGCCGGAUCCGCUGCUCACCCGUACGGUGGAGGGUAUGGUGGAGGCUAUGGUGGAGGAUAUGAAAGCCAGGAUUCCAACACUGGAUACACCAAUGACGCCUUCCAGGGACGCCCCACCAACUAUGUGAGCUCUCCGUUCAACAACGGACAAGUCUACCAGGCUCCACCUUCACCACCAGCCUACGGAAACAACUAUGGAAGCCAAGGAUACCAACAAGGAGGAUAUCAACAACAAGGAGGAUAUCAACAACAAGGAUAUGGAGGACAAGUUGUGCCAGCCGUUCUGCCACAAUCCCCACCAAUGGUUCAACAACCAAUCCCACUCCCAGCUCCACUGCCCACUCCCGUCGCUCAGCCACUCCUCAUCCAACAGCCAGCUCAAGCUCCUCAACAGACCCCUGAUCAAUGGGCCAUCCCAACACCUAUUCAACCAACCAUCCAGGUUCCCCAAUCGCCACCAACUGGAGAUCAAUGGAGCAUCCCUCAACCAAUCCAACCACUCCCACAAUCCCAGCCAACUGGAGGAGAUCAAUGGAGCAUCCCUCAACCAGCUCAGCCAGUCCAAACUCUCCCACAAUCCCAGCCAACUGGAGAUCAAUGGAGCAUCCCUCAACCAGCUCAGCCAGUCCAAACUUUCCCACAAUCUCAACCAGCCGGAAAUGAUCAAUGGAGCGUGCCAACCCCAGUCGGACAAUCGCCACCAAUUCUCUCAUCUCCCGAUUUUCAAACCCAAUCUUCUCAACCUGUCUCUGGACCCUGGAACAUCCCGACCCCAAUCGGACAAUCACAACCACAAGCUCUUCCCAUGAACAAUGGUGGCUGGUCAUCAGUGCCCCAGACCCAAGUGAUGAUGGGA